UAUCAUUGGGAGAAGCACUUGCAUAUAACUACUUUGCUGGCUACCUAAAUCUGGUAUUGCUUAGUGUAGCUGAUAGGAUCAGCAGCAGUAAAUAUGGCCAAAGCACAACAAAUAAGAAGUUGUUUAUUCUAAUCCCUGCUAAUGGUGAGAUGUCAGGGAAGCUGCAGGACGUCGACAAGCGCAUACGACAGGUUGGAACGUUAGCUCCAUUGAUGAUAGACAGAGCUGGAUUCAAAAGAAAGUACCCUAACAACGUCUAUGGAUUAGUUCAUGAUGAAAAGGAGGUAACAUUCGUCGCUGACAUGCCAGCAAAUCUGCUCACGCUCCGAGACAUGACAAAAGAUUUCGAGCUGACUGGCUUCACAGAGCAGGAUAAGCUGCAGGAGGUCCAGAAGUACGCUGCGUUCUUGAAGAAAAUUCUAGAGAGGCAAUCCCAUCUGGCGGAGACGUACAAAAUUGUUGUCUACAAUGAAGAUGCUGCAAUGAUGGAUGCUGUUCAGCACUUUCUUUGAAAUUGAGGCGAGGCCAUGCAUCCAAAUAUGAAUAAAAAUUGAAUUUUGA